AUUUCUAUUACAUCACCAUGUUACGGGAUCCAGUGUCACGUUACCUGAGCGAGUGGAAACACGUCCAGAGAGGGGCCACGUGGAAAACCUCCCUCCACAUGUGUGAUGGGAGAAGCCCCACCCCUGAUGAGCUGCCUACCUGCUACCCCGGGGACGACUGGUCUGGGGUCAGCUUGCGGGAGUUCAUGGACUGCACCUACAACCUGGCCAACAACCGCCAGGUGCGCAUGCUGGCCGACCUGAGCCUGGUGGGCUGCUACAACUUGACUUUCAUGAAUGAGAGCGAGAGAAACACCAUCCUGUUGCAGAGCGCGAAAAACAACCUGAAGAACAUGGCCUUCUUUGGGCUCACGGAAUUCCAGAGGAAGACUCAGUUUCUCUUUGAGAGGACAUUCAACCUCAAGUUUAUCUCCCCCUUCACGCAGUUCAACAUCACGCGGGCUUCCAACGUGGACAUCAACGAGGGCGCCCGCCAGCGCAUCGAGGAGCUCAACUUCCUGGACAUGCAGCUUUACGAGUACGCGAAGGAUCUCUUCCAGCAGCGCUACCACCACACCAAGCAGCUAGAGCACCAGAGGGACCGGCAAAAGAGGCGGGAGGGGCGCAGGCUGCAGCGGGAGCACAGGGGCCACCGGUGGCCCAAGGAGGACGGGAACACAGACGGGGCGGUCACCGAGGACUACAACAGCCAGGUGGUGAGAUGGUGACCCCCUGCGCUCUCCUUCCUCAGGACGCGGGGGGAUGAGCAGGCGCACCGACCUUCUGUGGCGUUGGUUACCUUGGAGAAGGAUGGGCCUUUUGGAGGACAUCUGGCUGUAGGUGGCUUGAUUUGGACACCUGCUUCCUCUUUGUCUUCAUCCUUGCCCAGCUGGAGAGGAUCUGUCUUCUUCUUUUUUUCCCCUGACGUUUUUCAAUCCAUGAUAUUAAGUAGGGUAGGGAUGCAUCUGACUUAGACGUCCUUAGAAGCUCAAGAAGAGAAGCACCAGAAAGAAACAGUUCUUGAAAACAUCCUUUGCAGCAGCAUGGGAACCCACAGAGGCACACAUGAAAAGCCAAAUUAUGGCUUGGAUGUUCUGCUGAAACUGGUCUGUUUCACACGGCCUCUGUAAUGGAAAUACUGGUCUGUCUAGAGAGAAGGAGAAAGAAAGAAGUCCCCUUCCACCCUUAAAUGAGGUUUUAUGCCAACCCUCGCUUUGCUGUUCGCUCUCAUCUUGAACCCGGUGCGAAUGCGGUUCAAAUCAUAAGUAGCGGUGUUUUGUUGUUGCAGCUGUUUUUAAACAAGGUCACCCUCCUGCUGACGAUCACUAGAGACUCACACCCCGCAAAGCCCCUGCAUCUCAGCUCGGAGCCGUGUUGCAUCUCCCGUCUUUUAGGGAAUGGCUGGUAGAAUCAGGACAGGCAUGUCUCAGGACAGGCCCUGAGAAAUGAACACUGGUAGUGGCAUUUAAGAGAAAAUGUGCUUAUUAACAAGUGUCUAAGAUCACCCUUUACCGAUUUUAUUUUCGUUCAAAAAGAAUUGACUCAUAAAUUAAGAGCUGGGGGAAGCAGGAAGAAAACUCUAUGUCUAACAUUUCCAAACAGGCUACAGAACUUGUAGUGUUUCCAGGAGUAUUUCUGUUUUACCACUUUGGAGCCGUCAUCUUCUUUGAUAUGGUACUUCCAAGUUUAAAAUUCUGCUAUAGCACAGAGGCAAAGACGUUUAAAAAGAAUGUGGCCCAAAGACUAGGAGCUUAGCUAGCCGGUAUGCAAAAGAUCUUCAGGGUCACUAAAUAAAUGAUAACUGAUUUAUGCUAGGAGACACGGAACUCAGUGGGCCAGUUGUCCCAGGAGUUUAGACAGACUACCUCCCAACAUCUUUACUAUCUCCAGCCUGGUAACCUUCUUCUACCCACAUGAUCUUCUCCUCUUGUUAGACCAUGCCCACAGCUGGCAGCUCAGGCUGGAGUGUGUGAGACAGGACCUGAAAAUGUGCUGCAUUGCCAAUUGCUUCUCGUUUUCAAUUUUUCCCAAUCACAACUACAGGAACACCAAGUUUGUCGAAUAAUAAGGGGAAAAGCAGGGAAAAGGGGAUAGAAAGCCCUUGCCUGGCAUUCAGGAGCAGGAUCAGAGCGGGUCAAGAGUUUCACAACAUUGAUCUGAUCAGUCCUUUCAAGGAGCUCAAGGCAAAAUGAGUGAAACCCCUAAAUCAGAUUGAAAAGCCUAUUUCAUUGAUAUCUAACAUGUUUGAUGUUUAAGCCAGCUUUACGUAAGCCACAUCUCAGCCUCCAGAAUAGUCUCUCUGGGGUUGAGAGUCAAUCAACCCACAAGCAUUCAUGGAGUGCCUGCCUGCACAGAGGGGAGCCCAGUGUCUCCAUCAAAGAGAGAUUUGGAGAAGUGGCUUUGUACUUCUCUCACUACCCUUGGCUUCAUCUGCCCCGUGAGGGGAGUAUUAUUGGGGGCCUCCCUUGUGUCCAUCACUGUGGGGGGGCCCUUUUCAUACUUUAAAUCUAUUCACAACAAGGUAGAUAUUAUUGGGCCCAAUUACGUAGAUGGGAAAAGUGAAUCCCACAGACAAUAACCGGCUUCCUCAUAGGUUGUAUGCUAGAUGUGGCCGACUGCAAAGUGCAAGCUCCUUUUACUCGUGUGUUCCAUGAGGGAUAAAAGCUUCCUGCCAGUCAUGCAAGAAGCCAGCUAUUAAAGCCCAGAAGGACUUGUCUCUAACCCACGUGCGUGGCACAACUGUGCCAGCCCUGAGCCGGCCGUGACCCAGAGCCACGCCGCCUGGGGUGAGCCCGGACGUCUCCACAUCCCUGGCCCACCAGCAAGCUGAGAGACUGAUGA